ACUUGGAGGCGAUUGCUCAAAACAUUAUUAGCUGGUUAUUACGCAUAUACAUAUAUAGACGUAUAUACUGUAUAGUAUUUAUACAACCUCGCGCUCCGAGAGAAAGUAGGUGGUUAAUUACCCCCCCYCCCCCCSCCCCMCCCCCCSCCCCCAGCCACUCCCCACAAUUCGCUGAGAAUUCAUUUAUCGAUUGAAAAGCGCGGGAAAUAGGCUGAUGAUGGGAGACGCGAUGGCGGGACGAGGUGGCGCGCUCGUGGUCCACGUGGACGUCUGGAGUGACAUCGCGUGUCCUUGGUGCUAUGUCGGAAAGGCUCGCCUGGAUAGCGCCAUAUCCUCCUUAGAAGGGGAGGGGAAAGCGAAGGUGGAUGUCAGAUGGCAUGCGUACAUGAUUGACUCGCGUACCAAAUCCAACGGCGAGGAGUACUUGGCAUAUAAUCGACGGCGAUGGGGAUCCGACGGCUGGACGCACUCGUUGCGCUCGUCCGCGAGGCGUGAUGGAUUGGCCUUUGGAGACUGGAAGUGGUGGCCGAACACGUUGCACGCCCAUCGUUUGGUCCAUCUGGCGGAGAAAGUGGGGCGUGGUUCAGAAGCUAAGGACAGAUUGUUCCAGAAGACCUACGAGGAGGGGGGGAACGUGUCCCUAGUGGACGUGGUAUGCUCCAUAGCCGAUGACAUGGGGCUGGAAGGAGGAAGACAGGCUCUCGAGCGAGGAGAGGCGAUGGCGGAAGUCAUCGCGGAAGACAGGCGGGCUAAGGAGAAGCUGAACAUCCAUAGCGUCCCCCAUUUCAUCGUGGGUAACAAGCUGGCUCUCUCCGGCGCCCAAGAUCCGGCUGCCUUUGAGUCGGCCAUCCUCAAGGUGGUUCGCUCGGAAGCACGCUAGUCUCCUUCUUCUGCUUCCUCCUCCUCUUCUUCCUCCUCUUCUCUCUUCUUCCUCCUAUUCCUCUGCUUCCUCUUCUUCCUCUCUUUCUUCUGCUUCUUCCUCUUCUCCCUCUUCUUCCUCCUCUUCUUCCUCCUCUUCUUUCUCUUCUUCCUCCUCUUCCUCUGCUUCCUCUUCUUCCUGUCUUUCUUCUGCUUCUUCCUCCUCUUCUCCCUCUUCUUCCUCCUCUUCUUCCUCCUCUUCUUCCUCCUAUUCCUCUGCUUCCUCUUCUUCCUCUUCUUUCCUCUUCUUUCUCUUGUUCAAAGCCGUUGCUCCAUCUCUCGUUCCUCCUCCGCUCUUUCUCGGAAGCCAGCUAUGGCCGCUGUUUUCACUUUCUAAACCGCUGUUCCAGCUUUUGUUCUUCCCUCUCUUCCUGCUCGUCCUCCUUAUUCCUUCUCAUCUUCCUCCUCUUCUGCGCGUUGCUGAGUGUUUUGAGUGUUGUAUAUGCUGAGUGUUUGCAAUGCGUCAAGAUUGAGAAGCAUGUACUUGAAAGCAGUUUGGCUGCUGUUUAUCAGCAUUCUUCUUCCUCUUCUUCCUCUUCUUCCUCUUCUUCUCCCUCUUCGUCGUCGUCUUCCUCUUCCUCCUCCUGCGCUUCUUCCUCCUCUUCUUCGUCUUCUUCAGAGCUGUUAAUCCAUCUCUAGUUAGGGGAAUGCCCGCGUUUGAGGCUUGGCUAUGUCCUUGCGGAUUAUUUGUUGACGACAACUUGGUUAUACGCGUAUGGUUAGCGAUUGGCCUCGCUUUUCUCAUAUUUUCUUCGUCGUCGUCCUCCUCCUCCUCCUCCUCCUCUUCCUCGUCUUCUCCUCUUCAGCCGCUUCUCCUCCUCUUCCUCGUCUUCUCCUCUUCAGCCGACUCCUCCUCUUCCCCAUCCUUCUUUUUCUUCCUCCUCCUCUUCCUCCUCUUCCUCGUCGUCCGUCUCUUCCUCCGCUUCCCCCUCCUAGUUCAGAUCUUCUUCUUCCUCCUCCUCCUCCUCCUCCUCUUCCUCUUCGUCUUCUUCCUCGUCAAUCUCCUCCCACUCCUCCUUUCUUUCUCUUCUGUUGUUCAGGCUCUUUUUCCCUGCUCGGGGGGGGGAUCGGGAUCCCGGUACCGACGUCUAAUUUCUCCUCGAAUCAAUUUGUUCUCGCUACGUCGCUACCUGCUGAAGUCGUUCUGCACAGCUUUUUUUUUUUUUCUAAUACACACCCAGCACCUUCGAUUUUGGGGGGCGCCACUCUGGUUGCUUCUCCUCCUCCUCCUCGUUGUUUUGUUCUUCAUCUUCUCCUUCUCUUUUUUUUUUUUUUUUUUUUUUUUUUUUUUUUUUUUUUUUUUUUUUUUUUUUGUUCUUCAUCUUCUCCUAAUCCUCUUGCUUCUCGUCUGGCUGAUUAGAUAGGGAGGACGUGGCGGGAUGAGCUGAGUCAGCUGACGUGGACUCGAUUACGCGCUUGAGACUCGAUAACAAUGGGUCAAAAAAGGAUCUGCUCCGCUUAUCCGAUUACCGCUAUCCUUUGCACGUCGACGCCACCUGGCAAGGAAUGCCGCGUGGAGGGAAUGAAUCCGCUACACGUGGCAACCCAUCCAUCAAAGGAGAGUUCGAUUUCCACGAACUGACACGUGUCUUCUGCCUGCAGUGAGGAUGUUGAGUGCGAUGUCGAGGGAUCUGACAGGCGAUUGGAAAAAAGGCGCAAGAGAGUGUGUUGAAAGAAGAAGGAGAAAGCGGGAGAGACGCCGAGGGGUUAUGCCAGAGGCGUUCUCGGUUCAUGGGGGUGUCAUUAUGCAGAGGCCACGCUAAUCUUCUACUCUGCAUCAUUCCUUGUUUCAAGGACACCGACAUAUGUGUGUGUGUGUGUGUGUGUGAGAGAGAGAGAGAGAGAGAGAGACGGGGAAAGGAAAAGGAGGCAGGCGAUGGGGCUCUGGACCUUAGAGAAGCAAAUUACGAUCGCAGUGGAGUCGUAAACUUACUGCGAUGAAGGUUGACGUCAACAUAAAAAUCGUGUCUGGUGAUGACCGGUGGUUGGUUAUGCAAGGGGUAUUUCCCCUCCCAUCCGCAGCACGGAACGAUUCCGGAUAAUGCGGUAAAAAGAUGGUUCGCUAUGCUGGAUUUCAGCGAAAUACUGAAAAGAGAUUUAUUUACAGUCUAUACCACGC